CUCCCGACCGAAUGCAGAUGCAGUAUUCGGCUGAUGAUAUUACAGCCGCGAGGAGUCUCCAGACCUACACAGUGCGUCUCUUUCUUGUCGAUGCGAGUACAUUUGAUCAUAAUAGAUGAUCCAUGUACUACCAGUACAUAAGCACGUCGAUGGCCACAUUCUGGGUGGGCUUGUCCUGACAUCUUUCCGUCUGCUGUUAAACUUAUUUGUACAGACCUAUGAUUAUGCUUGUUCACUUCACGAAGAGUGGACGUUCCUGCUCGGAUCGCGCUGGACCAAGGUAAAGGUCCUUUAUAUCGUUACACGAUUCAUGCCCUUUUUCCUCAUCACAACAAAUCUAUACACGAACUUCACCCCGACCGAGAACCUCAGUAAAUGCCAGACCUUGAUCAACCUUGAUUUAUCUUUCGGCAUAAUAUCAGUCACUUGCUCCGAAUCCUUUUUCGUCCUCCGGACAUAUGCGCUCUGGAACAACGAUAGAUAUGUACUUGCAAUCAUGCUGACUGGCUUUCUUGCUGUCCUCGUAGCAUCUAUCAUUACUUCCUUUUCCGCUAAUGCCACCACCCCAUAUCCGACAAGCACGAUCCCGAACAUCACAGGUUGCUCGAGCAGUGCCGACCUCUUCAUCCCGUUUAUUAUAUUGUUUGCGUUUGAACUUGGACUCCUCUCCCUUACGCUCAUACGUGCCAUACAGAGCUGGCGGUCGGCCAACGGCCCUAUAUACGCCAUCCUGGUGAAGCAUAAUAUAUUCUACUAUGCAUGCGGUCUGUUUUUCUCGACCUUGAACGUCCUUACGUUGCUGCUCCUCGAUUACCAGUACCAUGCCAUGUUUCGAGAUUUCCAGUUUAUCAUCUUGGCGAUUCUUGCCUUGCGCAUGCAUCUCCAGCUCUGGCAGAUCAAUGGGCAUGCACAUGGCCCUGACACCCUCAUGUCAGAUUUCAUGUGUAUUCCUCUGACCGACAUCUCAUCUGCGGUCGUGAAAUUUCAACUGCGAGGUGGCAGCGAAGAUGAGCUUGGUCAGAUCCGGGAGUCGGUAUACACAAGCUUCAGGAGGAAUGUUCUGCCGUGA